AUGAGUCCACCCCCUACCUCCAUGCCCCUAGCCAUUCCGCUUCCCUUCAGGUUGGGCGAGAGCGAACGCAAGGAUACUUUACAUAAAUCUAAACAUAAAAAACCCAGAAAAUUAACAGAGUAUCAGAAAGCACAAUUGUGGAGGUAUAAGCCAGUCCAAGGCACAGAUAAACAUUUGAAGGAAAUUUUCAUCGGGAAAUGUUGGGAAUAUCAGAGGAAAUUUAAGUUUCGGGAGUCGGUAGAUUGUGCCAGAUUAUGGGAAGCUUUUUUGUCUGGGUUUGCAUAUAAGGAGCCGUGUGACGUGGCAUUGGAGGAUUAUAAGGAUUUCUUUGGUAUGAUCCAUGAAGAACCUCUUGUUAACAAG